CUCAUCAGCCCGGUGACUUACGAUGACCACAAACGGGAAGAAGUCUAUGAUAGCCAUGGAGCCAAAUGACAAGAUCCGUUUCGUUGGCGACCUUACACAAGAGAUCAAAACGCAUUUGAAGAUUACUAACAAAAGUGAUAUGAAGCAAGCAUUCAAAAUCAAAUGUACACGCAACGAUCUAUUCAAGAUAAGACCUGCUACUGGUAUUUUGGAUUACAACCAGACUUCAAAUAUCACUCUGACAUAUAAGCCAAAUGGAGAGAUUCCUGAGAACGACAAGCAUCAUUUUGGUGUCUAUCAUAUUCCUGCCCCUGAGGGGUGUACAUGUGAGGGAGCUUGGAGCGAACAUUAUGGCCCUCCACAAGGAGAGUUUCGCCUAAAGGUUCAAUUUGAAGAAGCCAAAUGAAAGGCCAAACUGAUGAGAGCGAAUUUGAAGACGUCAUCUUUACGUGACCACAC